AUGGUUCAACAUUGUGUCAAUGCUGCUAGUACAGAUUUUUCUUCUUAUAAUUCUAAAACACAAUGUAAUGCUAUUGAUGUUGUUGGAAGUAAAUCAUCAUCAAUAACUAAUGCAUUUGAUUAUCAUAUUCAUACAUUGGGUUCAAUGCAAGCUGGUACUGCUGAUUUUGUUUCAAAUGUUUUACCAACUGAAAUACAAUCAGUAUCUACUGAACAAAUAACAUCAAAUUCAAUUUCAUCUUAUAAAACUAAUACAACAACAUCAUCAUCAAUAUCAUCAUCAUCUGGUUAUGGAUCUGAUUUAUCACGUUCAUUAAAAUCACAUAAAUCAUUAUUUUAUCGUUUAAAACGUUUAAUUAAUUUUCCGACAACAAAAAAAUCUAUUGAUUAUCCUUUAUCAACAAUAAAUAAUUAUAAUGAACAAAAUAAUAAUUUAAAUUCACCACUUCUAUCAUUUCAGAAUUCAAUAACAUCAUCAAAAAUAAAUAAUUUUAAUGAAACACAACAAAAUUCUUUAACACGUUUAGAUAUUAAACGUAAAUCAUCUAGACGAACAUUAUCACCUGCAACACAACAUAUUCCUUUUUUAUAUGGACUUAAAAAUUGUGGCAAUACUUGUUAUGUCAAUGCAAUUGUUCAAUGUUUAUGUCAUACUGAACAAUUAGCAUUAUAUAUACUUUUAAAAAAUUAUGAAAUUGAUAUGCGUAAUAUAAAAAAUGCAAUUGUUGAUAAUACAAAUUUAUCUCAACAAUCAAUAGGUUUUAAAGUAAUAAAAACUUUUGUACAAAUAUUUCAAGCAUUAUGGAAUAAUUCAUCAAAUACAACUUCAAAAUUAUUAUAUGAUUUUAAAUCAAUUAUAUCAAAUUUAAAUAAACAAUAUUUAGGUAAUGAACAAAAUGAUGCACAAGAAUUUUUAUUAUUUCUUAUGAAUACAAUUCACGAUGAAUUAAAUUUAGCUACAACUCAACGAUAUCGACAAAAACCUAAAAAUUCAUUUUCUUCUAUAACUAUAUCAUCUCAAUCAUCAUCAUCAAUCGCUUCAUCUGAAUUAGCUCAUCGAGCUUGGUUAGAAUAUAUUGAUGCUAAUCAAAGUAUAAUAACAUCAACAUUUAGUGCUCAACUUCAUUCAACAUUACGUUGUAAUCAGUGUAAACAAGAAAGUAAAACUUUUGAACCAUAUUUAUUAUUAUCAUUACCAAUACCACAAAAAAUUAUUAAACCUGUUUUUAUAACUGUUGUUUUUCUUAAUCAAUCACCAAAACAAUUACAAAUUGGUUUAUGUUUACCUGUAACAAAUACUGUUAAAGAUGUACGAGAAGCUAUAGCUCAACAAUCAAAUCUUGAUCCAAAUGAUCUUGUUCUUAUUGAAAUUCAACAACAUAAUGGUUUUUCUCAAGUUUUUCAUGAUACAGAACCAAUUAGUCGUCUUACACAUGAUGUUUAUGCAAUACAAUUUCCUUCAUCAAAUUCAGAAAGUAUUGAACAUAUAACAUCAUCGACAGAAAAUUCAUCUUUAGCUUAUAUUAAUUUACUUGUUCUUAAUCGUGUACGAUAUAAUACUGGUCGAACGGAAAGAUUUGGUGCACCAAUUGUUGUUCGUGUUCCUCGUCAAUCAAAUUAUCGUACAUUACAAUUAUCAAUAAUAAAAGCACAACGUUCAUUAAUACGUGAUGAAGUUAUGGAAUAUGCUCAAGAUUAUGUUGUUUUUCAAUUAACACUUAUUGAUCAAUAUCAAUCAACAUUAUUUGGUACAUUAAAACAAGAAUAUUCUAUUUCUCAUGAUGUACAAUGGCCACUUUAUCUUGAAAAAAUUCUUGAAAUUCUUGAUGCUUAUGAUGGACCUGGCAUAGGACCAUCACAUAUUCAAGUCUAUGCUAAUUGGCAUGAAAAAUUUGUUGGAGAAUUUUUAUCUAAAUGGCCUUAUGGUGAUGAUAAACCAGAUAUUCAUCAAUCAGUUGCACAAGCACGUGCAACAUUACAUCAACCAUCAUCAUCAUUAAUUUCAUUAGCAGAUUGUUUUUCUUUAUUUACACAAUCGGAAAGUUUAAAUUAUGAUGAUGCAUGGAUGUGUACACAUUGUCGUCGUAAAGAAAAUGGUACAGUAAAACAUUUAAAAAUUUGGACAACACCAUAUGUUUUAAUUAUACAUUUAAAACGUUUUUGUCAAACAAAAAUUUCAAAUUCAAAAUUAACAUAUCCAGUACAAUUUCCACUUGAUAAUCUUAAUAUAAAACGAUUUUUAUCAACAACAAGAAAUUUAACUGAUGAUGGAGAAAAUGAAAGUUUAAUAGAUGAUGAACAAGAUGAAUCUAUUGAAAAUCAAGAUGAAAGACAAUAUGGAUUAUAUGAUCUUUUUGCAGUUUGUAAUCAUCGUGGUAGUAUGUCAAAUGGACAUUAUACUGCUUAUUGUAAAAAUCCAAUAACAAACAAAUGGUUUUGUUAUGAUGAUCAUCUUGUUUCGGAAUUAGAUCCAUCACGUGUAUGUACACCAGAUGCAUAUAUUUUAUUUUAUAAACGUCGUAAUACACUACCAUCGCCAAGUUCACAAUCUAUUUCAAAAUCUCUAUCAUCCCAACAAGAACAAAUUGAUUCGAUUGUUAAUGAAUUCGAUCAACAUUUAAAUUUUAAUCCUUUAUCUCCAAUAGAAAAUAAAAAAAUUCAUUGUACUCUUCAACCACCAUUACCAUUACCACGAAGAUUAUUAACACCAUUAUCAUCAUCGUCAACAUCUGAAGAUGAUUGUUCACGAGUGCCAUGUCCAAUGCCACGAACACGUCUAUCAAAAAAUGAAACACAAAUUAUUUCUCAACCAAUACCAUCUGUCAGACAACAAAUAUUCAAUACGAUUCCAUCAUCAGAAUCAUUAAAUGAUUCUAAUAAAGAAAUACUAAGUCCAUGGAGUCGUUUUAAUAAUUACCGAUAUUCUAAUGAUGAACCAGAAAGUAAUGUGGUUUAUCAUACAACGAUAUUACGAUAA